AUGUGGGCGUUGGCGAAGAAGAAGACGAAUGGCUUGACAACUACUCAGAUGCUGUUACUACUAUCACUUCUUUCACAGACACGUAUCGUGGAAAGCCAAAAUGAGUUAUAUCCUUACCAGCCGUCCCGAAAGUGUGCCAAUGAUACGGAGAUCAUCGAUCACCUUCUUUUCGACACUGCUCUCCACUACAACAAGCAUAAGCUUCCCUCGAAUCCGGUCGAUGUUCGUAUUGAGAUGUGGGUCCAGGAGGUGACCUCUGUCUCUGAACUCACGCAAGACUUUGAGAUCGGUAAAUUUUGC